AUGGUGAAGGAAACCAAGUACUAUGAUGUUCUUGGCGUUCAGCCGAAUGCGACAGACAGCGAGCUGAAGAAGGCGUACAGGAAAUUAGCGUUGAAGUAUCAUCCAGACAAAAAUCCAGAAGGAGGAGAACAGUUCAAGCUUAUUUCACAGGUGAGAUCCAACAGAACACACUUCUCAGUCAAGCAGUUGUCAACAAACAAAUGCAAAUCUCAAGUGCCGUCAGUUAAACCAACUUGUCACGAGGGAAAACUCGAAGGACAACUUCUGCUGAAGACGCGUUGA